CAUUUUCCACUAUAUCGUGAAUCGGAUUCUGACUGCAAUGAGCCCGAUGAAGCGCCUGAGGACGAGAAAAAGCAGAAAUUUCGAGAAAGAUGGGAAUGUCUUUCAAAGGAGUCAAGUGAAUUCCUUCUAUUUGGAUUGAAGCCUAGAUUAGUUGUUGAUGGGCACACACAUCACGGGUGCUACACCUACCAUACAGAGAGUGACACCCAUGAGUUUACCAUACCUUCUUUCAGUUGGAGAAAUAAGGACAAUCCUUCAUUCAUGAUGGCUGUGCUCUCACCAAACAAUUACGCAGUAUCUAAGUGCUACAUUCCAAGGGAAUCAACAAUCAUCAAACUGUACAUAGGAGGAAUGUUGGUCAUUCUGGUGGCAGCCUUCUUGCUGUACCCACGCCAUAGUCGCAGAGCCCAUUUCUUCAAAAUCAGCUAAGAUCUGGUAACAAUCAAUAAUUCCAAUUAAAUAGAAACAAACUGCCCUUGAUGAUGGAGAGAAUUCCACCAAAUAUAAUGUUACUAUUCCAGUAGUAAAUUCAGACUUCAUAUCUAAUAUAAUAUAUUAUCCAUAUUACCAUUAACCAUAAUAUAUUAUCAAAGUGAAAGUCUGUUUUGCUGAAAAUGUGAUUGAGAUACAUUUAAAUUUGUGUUCUUUGAUGCUAUUUUCAAUCGAGAAUUAUAGUUCAUCUCUGUAAAUCUUGUGUUUGAUCUCAUAAUUAAUUUUAAGAACUGCGCGACCAAAGCGGGCACAACGAAUUUUGUGU